AUGGACGAGGAGGGAACGAAUCCAAACGGCAGCAAGCUGCAGGGAGCUGCAGGCCGGGCGUCAGCCACGUCCCUGCCAAACCCAGUGAUGAGAGACUUUGUUUCAGACUGGUCUCCCGUACACGAUGCCUCCAUUCAUGGACGUGUGCUUGCCUUGCAGAACCUCAUCAAGCAGGGCAGUGAUGUUAACCUUCUCACAGCAGACCAGGUGUCUCCCCUGCACGAAGCCUGCCUGGGGGGCCAUGCUGCUUGUGCCAGGGUCCUGUUAAAACACGGUGCCCAGGUGAAUGCAGUGACUGUGGAUUGGCACACUCCUCUCUUCAGUGCCUGUGCCAGUGGCAGUGUGGCUUGCUUGGCUUUACUGCUGCAGCAUGGAGCCAGCCUGCACCCACCCUGUGACCUGGCAUCCCCCCUCCAUGAGGCUGCCAGGAGAGGCCAUGUGCAGUGUGUGGAGCUCCUCUGGUCCCACGGAGCAAACGUCGACCACAGCGUCCCACAGCUGGGCACUGCCCUCCACGUGGCUUGUGAGAGCCAGCAAGUGAGCUGUGCAAGGAAGCUGCUCGAGUCAGGAGCAAAUGUGAACAGUGGCAGGGGCUUGGACUCCCCUCUGCAUGCAGCUGCCAGGAGCGGCAGCGUGGAGCUGGUGACGCUGCUGCUGGACUUCGGCGCUGACGUGUGGGUGAAGAAUGCUGAAGGCAAGAGGCCGAUGGAGCUGGUGCCCCCCAGCAGUGCCGUGGGCAGACUGUUCCUGCAGAAAGAAGGGCCUUUGUCCCUGAUGCAGUUGUGUCGCCUGUGCAUCAGGAGGUGCUUUGGACACAAGCAGCACCAGAACAUAGAUGGACUGUUCCUCCCAGAUGAGCUGAAGCAGUUCCUCCUUCAUGCUUGA